UUUAUCUUAUUGCGGGGCCCCUACCUCGACUUAGCUGGCGCCAUUACUAGCCUUACUUAAAAAUGGCUACCCUCACAAUGGGGUGCCGCUCAAACUGAGUUUUGACUACCGCGUUACGCAUCGCUGUCCGGUGUCAAAACUAAUGUAUGUCAAUCGCGUUAUGUAUCAUCGUCUGGUUGCAUACCUAAAACUUGGCAAUGGAAACUGCGUUACCUAUCGCCGUCCAGUUCCAUGUCUGAUCAACUACUGCGUUACGUAUCAUCGUCCAAUAGUGAUCCCUCGUGAACGUGGCUAGCUAAGUGAGGUUACUUAUCUUGUUCUUACUUAUUACUUUCCCUUCCUCUCUUCACCUUAACUUAUUUAAGGGUUAAGUACUACUAAAACUCAUCCUUACCAAUCACAACCUCCUAAUAAAGGACAUAAACUAAACUCCUUAAAAAGUAAAUAAUGAAAACUCAAGUAAGCACAUCAAACAAUAUCUCCAUCGAGAACAUGCAUUCUCAAGCAUAAACAUAAUCAAGCACUGACAUAUACUUCACGUAAAACACAUAUUUAAAACUCGUAAGACGUAGAAUUUACGCCUUUACACUCACCUUUAUUACUCAAAAUUGGGCUAAAUUAUACGUUUGGUCACUCAAAUUACAUAAAUAUUUCACGUUUGCCACCCGAAUUAUUUUUCUUUCUUAUUCGCCACAAACUUUACGAAUCGUUUCACCGUUAGUCAUCGGUCGUUAGUCUCAGUCAAAGUCCGUAAACUCCGUCAAUUUUAUGUUGAUAUGGCAAAUAGAACUGCUGACUAGACCGUUAAGCUGAUGACAUGUCAAUUUAAAACAAAAUAAUAAAAAAAAAAUGAGACCCAGUCUCUCUUUCUUCUCCGCUUCCCCACUCUCCUUCCGUUCUUCCAUUUCCCCAUUCCAAGUCCCAACUCCCCUUCUUCUUCUUCUUCUUCUUCUUCUUCUUCUUCUUCUUCUUCUUCUUCCACCUUGAGACAGACCUAUGUCUCCCCUGUUCAGUGCAACCUCAGCAAGCUUUGAACCAGAAUCGACUCCGUCAAGAACACCCAGAAGAUCACUGAAGCCAUGAAGUCGCCGCCGCCGCAAAAUUCAGUCGCGCCGAGGAAGCCCUCGUCAACGGCCGCCCCUUCUCCCAGACACUAGUCGAAGUCCUCUACAACAUCAACGAGUAGCUCCAAACAGAAGACGUCGAUGCCUCGCAGACCAAAGUUCGUCCAGUGAAGAUAGUCAACCUCGUGGUCGUCACUGGAAACAGAGGGCUCUGUGGCAGUUCAACAAUCAGAUUAUUAAAAGGCGGAGAAUUGGGUGUUACACCCAGCUCUUCCCAAAAGUCAAAAUGACUAUUAUACCCUUGGGUCAAGUUCCACCAUAUUACCAAUGAGGAUUAAAAAUGUGAACUAAUAGUUCAAACGGUGUCGAGUUUCGACAUGAAGUGAGAAAAUUAUGGAUGUUAACUGAAUUUCGUAUAAACUCACCCAAAAUUGUCAAAUUCCCAAAAUUCCGCGUAUCAAUUAAACCUAAGCUAACCCUAAUUACCCCAAGGCGGCACUUAAGUUUCCGCCGCUCAAACCUUUCCCCAGCUUGUCAAAAUCCCUCUCGGCAACAAAGGGACGCAUCUCAGGCCACUAUCGUUAUCCUUGCGCGGAAUUUCACCUCUGGGAAACAAACCCAAAUGGGGAUUCAAGAUAUUUAUCGGAUAAAGAUUGGAUUUUACAGAAAAACUCCGACCCAGCGAGAGGCUUUGGAAGCUGCAGGCAUUUGAGAAAGAAGCCGAAGAACUCAAUGCACUUCUGUGGGUUUUGCAAACAGCAGGAAGAAGAAAAACGAACUAGAAUAGACCCGCCGGAAGCUGAAAUGCAGAAAGCCAAAGAGCAGAAGCAAAAUCAAAUUGUAGGUACCCUUCCGAUUGAAGAGAAGGAAGGCUGCUCAGGGUCGGAAGCCAUGGGUUGCUUUGGUUCUCCAAAAUCUUCGCUCGGUGCAACACACUUGCAACAGUUGAAUCAAGAAUGCAUGAACGGUCUGGAGACUUAAAUUCCGAUUGUGCAGCUUGCUUGCUGCGAGUUUGUGAGGUCGCCAGAAGUUUCAGAGAGAAGAGGGGGAUAAAGAUAUAGUUUUACUCGAGAAUUGAAUUGAUGAGUUGUUCAUGGAGACUGGAGUGGACAGCAUCCGACUUAAAACCCACCUGUUUGUUCAUUUUUCUCUAAGGAACUACCGGUGCUUUUACUUGGAGGGUAAAGGCGAUUAUGGAAUCAAGCAAUCAAUUAUUAUGGUUCAUAACGAGCAACGUGGAACUCUCCUGAACAAUGCUGGUGAGGAGUAAGAGUUCAUAUUGACCAGGAUCUGCGAUUACAAAUUAAGGUGAGUGUAAAUGGGGUAAAUUCUACGCCUUACGUAUUUUUUUAAGUACUAUGAUUUUAAGUAUUUUAGCGAAUUGUUUAUCGUUGCUUGGUUAUGUGUAUGAUUGAUUAUUUGUGCUUUGCUUGAGUUAUGGGUUGAGGUAAUUUUGUGCUAUUUGGCGUGAUUUUGUUUCAGCUAUGUUUGAAGUGAAUUUUUAUUAAUUACUUUGGGAUUUUACGAGUAUAAGUUAUUAGUAAAGUUUAAGAAACAAGUUCUUUUUAAGAAGUAACUCACCUCCAAUAAGGUGAAGUUGUGUUAAGCGUUUUUAGUCACUAGCGCCAGUUCGUUGCCAUUUGAGAUUUUCAGACAGAGCAGCAGUUAUGCUCUUAAGACUUUUAAGAUGAGCAGCAGUUAUGCUCUUGAGAAUCGUGGUGAAGAGCCGCCACGAUAAGUUUAAGCUGUUAGGGGUAUGAAUCGUUACGACUUCCCUAACUAAGUUUAAGUUUAAGGAAAGCCAUGAUGGCUUCUAAUACGUAUGAGUUGGCAACCGGACUAGCUAGUGAGGGAUCCCCGUGUCAGUCAAGUAUUUAAGUCAAGAUUUGAGCUUUAAGAGAGGAGAGUAACUUCAACUCCCUCCAAGUUUAAGAGUUAAGAUUUUAAGAUUGGAAGUACAAACAACUUCCACUAGUCAAAGUUAAGUGUUUUAAGUAAAGUACUAAGCAGUAAGAAUUUUAAACGUAAGGGCGUAGACUGACCCCAUCUGACUCACCAGUUUGAAGAGCUAGAGGAAGAGCUAGAGGAGCUUUUAGUGAGUAGCAAAUUCGACACGGGGAUCUAGAGGAAGGCAGCUAGAGGAAGGGCAGUGUAAGCGUCACGGAGGAUGCUUAGUCAAGGUUUUCAGUAGCAACAACUUUGGAGAUUAUUAGUUAUUUACAUUUUAUGAUUAAGAGUAUAGACUGGAGAUCAGAUUGAGAUUUUAAAGUUUGAGUUCAAUUUGCCCACAUGUUAGGGCUUUGCUUUGAACUAAAAGUAUGUUUUCAGUAUUUUAGUUAUGUAAAUUUUUCCCAAUGCAAUUUAAGAUUUGAGUAUUUUAUUUGUAAAUGGCAUUUUAGUAAAAGUAGUACCCGACCGGGUUAGGGUGUUUCAAUUUUGGUAUCAGAGCCGGUCUUCCUCUGUUCCUUGGUCUCCAAGGAAUACUAGAAUAUCGGUCUCAGUUUUAAAGGCUUUUGUUUUAAAGGAAAGGGAAAACGAGUCAAAGAUCUUCUUUUAAGAGUUUAUUGGAUCUCCAGUCUACUAUAAUCAUAUGAAGGUGAAUAACUAUAACAGCACAUC